GCAAGCUUGCAUGACCUGGUAGGUCGGCAACAUCUUGUCUGCAGUGCAUGCUUGUACUGCGGGGUGGCCUAACCCGAGUCUCUCAGGCGCCAAGCUACCGUAAUUUAAUUACUUCUGAGAAAAAUGGACGUACUUUCUAGACGAUCCCUUACCCCAGAUUAACCUAGAUGGAUAACCCGAAUCACCAUUUGAUCGUUUUCCCCUCGGUCGCUGCUUUAUUUUGCUUCUAAAUUAUUAACCACUACUACUUUUGCUACGUCAUUAAAAUAUGAAAUUGCUUUGUUGAGCAUGCCACGCGCUUUGAUGAGGCAAGGCUUAGGUAUUUGAAAAUGAAAACGUUUCUGUGGGUGUGUGAUACCCUUAUCGGAUGUAAUUCCAGAUGGUUAGCAGUGAUGACUUUGCGAUGGACCCGUUCUUCCUGGGAGUGGCUCUGCCUAUUCUCAUGGUGUUCAUUCCGCUGUUUGAAGCCGGCGAUCAUUUUGCCUCAUCACGAAGUGCCGUGGCCGACCAAGCAGCCCACGGGCCUUGGCUUGAGGAGGCACUGGACGAGCGCCGUCUUCGGAUUGGUGCGAUGCACAGCGCGCGCGCAUUGGGAUUGCUUCCUCGGUGUCACGGCUUUGGUAGAGUGGACAGGAGCGCCUGCCUGACAGCUUUAAAAUCAUGGUUCAGUAUUCUACAGAUGCUUUUGAACCUUCGUUCUUAAUGCCUUCUACAUUGUUGGAUCAGCACGAUGUGUGAGAGCAUCGUCACCAAGAAGAUACAUGUUUUG